GAACAACUGACUGCGGAAGGACACCCAUUACCUUCAGAAGUUACCAUAGCGUAUAAUUUUGAAACAAAUGCAAUAGAUUUUAAAGUCGUCUCUGCAAAGAAGUCAGGUUUUACAUUUAAUGAAGCAGAUGUAUAUUCGAAUGAAAACUUCAAAGCUAUUGCAUGGUUAGAUAAUGACGAUUGCUUUAAGAAAAUAUUUAAAUUCAGUGACUCAACGAUGUCAAUAGAUGACCUUCGUGGAAUGUUACCAUCGACGUUUACAGUAGAAGGUUCAGCAGGAUUGCUUACAAGAUUGUCAAUUGGUGGUAUUUGGUCUCGUGAGAACAUUGUUAUAAAAUCCAGUAUAAGUGAAUUUGCUGAAGAAUCUAUAUUAUGUCUUUCAAACUAUAUGUAUUCGCCGCCGAAGCAUUAUAGUAUAACAAACUUUGUCAGUAAGUUUAAUAUAAGACUUGUUGAACCUUCUUCAAUGAAAGAUGUUGUGCUACCCAAAGACGGAAAGGAUGGACUCAUUAUUGAGAUGAUUUUAAUAGCAUAUUAA